GAGCGAGCGAGCGAGCGAGUGAGAGAGGGGAAAAAAGGAAGAAUCGAAGCGCCAGUCGCGGUGGUGGCCGGUGGCGACAGUGGGGUGUAGGGCACGCUCUCUCGCGGUAGCUGCGCCAAGCGUCAGUGUCAAUAUGGCCGUUGACGUGAGCGCAGUACGUGCAGAGACGCGGACGCGAUAGUCUCGGUUCGAUCCCCCUAACAUGAGGUAUACUGACGACCGGGAGGGACUCUUUUACGUAAUACCUGUAUAACGCACGCCCGGCACGUAUCCGCAAAAUGAACUACGCCGCGCCGGAGGCGGCUGCCGCGAGCGGCGAACAGAUCGGUGCGGUACAAGAUAUCAAAAACACAAUGUUUAACAAUGAAGGAGGAUCUAAACUAAACAGUGACGAAGCAAAAUCAACAAUUAUAGAAUUAUUUCCCUGGGUCUCAGAAUUUAAGAAAAUGUGCAAAUGUAUAUACGCAGACAAAAGUAUGGCUUCUUUGGCAGAGCUUAUGCAGUACUAUAUCAGAAAUGUAAGUGUCAGUGUAAAUGAAUGUUAUACAAAGCCAUUAAGGGCAGCAAAGUUGAAGGAUUCUAUUAGUGAAACCUUACUUUUGUUCUUAUAUAUCUAUCGUGAGCUUUCUGAGGUAAGUUCGGCAUAG